AUUUAUUACACUCUCUUCCCUCUUCUUCAAAAACUCUAUCUAUCUCUUCUAUCCACUUCACUCUGUUGGCGCCACGCCAUGCCCAAACCCAAACCACCCAAACCCCAAGGUUUCCGCGAGUUCGUCGGUAGGUUCUUUGGGGAUCGCUACAAUGAGUUCAACACCGCAUAUGGCGAAACCGUUAGCGACAUCUUUGCUUUCCCUUUCAAAGUUCUCUUCACUCCUUUAACUCUUGCAAUUGACAUUGCUGGUUCUUCUCCUCGUGGCUUUGGUGUCCCUGAACUUGUUACUAAGCUCUCUGCUGCUUCUAUUUUCGCUGUUGCUACUUUGGGGACUUAUGACAUUGCAUUAAACCUGGGAAGGAAGGUGAUAUGUCAAAGGGACUGUGUGACUUGUAAUGGAUGGCAGGCCAUGCGGUGUACCAUGUGUCGAGGAUGUGGGAGGGUGCACUAUCAAGUGAAGAAUUACACCUUGAAGAGUGGAGAGAAAGCGACUGCUGCAGCUGUUGCAGAUGCCAUUUUCAGCAACGGGGCUGAGUUAGUGCAUAUACCAUCUUCUUCCAUGGAUCCUCAGAUACCAUUACCAUCAAAAGACUGUCCAAUUUGUGAUGGAACGGGUGUAAUGGGAUGUCCUGAAUGCAAAGACAAAUUGCCGUUUAGGAUUUCAGCAGAUGGUAUUAUGGGCCUCCCGCGGCAAGCUUAUAGUGUCUUGGAAAAGAUGGAUUAUCCAUAUGAGCAUAUAAGGCACAGCAUGAAAGAUCCCAGUAUCGCUGCAUUUUGGUUGAUUACCUUUCCACAGAUUAUGUAUGGAUAUAAUUAUGACGAUAAUGCAAAGCAGACAAUAUGGUCAGAGUAUAAGGAAUCCAGGCGAUAUGACCAACUCCGAGACGAAGUAGCCAAGAGGAAACCAGGGUGGGACCUUCUGCAGGAUGCCUUGAUAUCUAUAGAUCCUGACCGAGCAAGGGACGAUCCUGUCGUGGUUAAAAAUAUCCCUUACUACAAGGCUAAGAAGGCAUUGGAGGAGGAGGUUAUGAAGCUUGAUCCUCCACCAAGACCACCAAAUUGGGGUGAACUGGACCUUCCAUUGAGUUCAUCAUCUUGGGGUGAAGAGGAUCUAAAAAAACCAGAAAAACACCAUGAAAUGACUGUUCUUCUCAAUGCUCAAAGAGAAAUCUCUGAAAAGAUAUUGGAUGUACAGUGGGAAACUAAAUGGCGUCAAGAAAAGGUGAAUGAAAUGUUGGAGGAAAGGGUGCAGCCAUAUAUUCAGAAUAUAGAGAAUGAAGUUCUUUCUGAGCCUAUUCUAUUAAAACCAAAAAAACAAGAAAAACGUCGACGGAGGUGGUUCUUCUUCUUUUGACACGAUGGGAUUGUUUUUGUUUCCAGAACGUGCCUGUAUCCCUAAUUUUGUAUUUUACAAUCUAUAACCUUCAGACUAUUGAAAUUUUGUCUUCUCGAUUAAUUUGCUUAGUCUUUCUUUACUCUGUUUGCCCUGCCGGAAGCCUUGAUGCAGCACUCAUCAUUAAGCGCGCAUAUGCUGCGCCUCUCUCUGUCAUGGUCAUCAUUUUGUAGAGGAAACAAUUGUUUGUGAUACAAUUUAUGAAAAGGAAAAUAUUUCUGUUAAGCCUAGAUGAACAUCGACAUGUAAGAAGCAACAAAAACCUGCAUGCACCCGAAUCCAAUCUUAUGUUACACUUAUCAUAA